AUGGCGCCAGCGAAGACGUCGGCCGCUCUGUGGACCGCCGGCCUCGGCCUCCUCUGGGCCUCGGUCGUCGUCGUCGGGGCCCCGGUGGGCAAGCGGACGCCGCCGCCGCCGAAGGUGCUGCUGAUCUCCUUCGAUGGGUUCCGGUGGGAUUACGACCGCGGCGUGGACACGCCGAACCUGGACCGGAUGGCCGAGGACGGGGUCAAGGCCCUGUACGUCACUCCCCCUUACCUCACGAUCACCAGUCCCUCACACUUCACCCUCUUGACAGGCCGCUACAUCGAGAACCACGGGGUGAUCCACAACAUGUGGUUCGACACCACCACCACGGAGAAGAAGCCGUACUACCAGACCCAGUUUGUGGACGAGUGGUGGGACAACGGCUCGCUGCCCAUCUGGAUCACCGCGCAGAGACAGGGCCUAAAAGCUGGCUCUCUUCACUUUCCCGGCACAGCUUCCAGUUACCAGGGACAGGUUGCUAUGGUGCGGGAAGUGGAGCCGCCGCUGUACAACUACAAGAACGAGACGGCGUGGCGAGACAACGCCGACAAGGUGAUGGGCUGGUUCGCGGACCGGCAGCUGGACUUCGUGGCGCUGUACUUCGGCGAGCCGGACGGCGUGGGCCACAGGUACGGGCCCGACUCCCCGCAGCUGCGCGACAUGGUCCGGCAGGUGGACCGGACGGUGGGCUACAUCCGCCGCUCGGCCGAACUCCGCGGGCUGACCGACCGCCUGAACAUCAUCGUCACCUCCGACCACGGCAUGAGCUCGGUGUACCGCGGCGGCCUGGCGGAGGAGAUCACCCUGUCCGAGAUCCCGGGCUUCUCCUUCCGCGACCUGGCCUUCCACCUGGUGGACUUCGGCCCCUCCGGGAUGCUGUUGCCGAAGCCGGGCAAGCUGGAGAAGGUCUACGCGGCCCUGAAGGGGGCCCAUCCGCACCUGCACGUGUUCAAGAAGGAGGAGAUGCCGGAGCGCCUCCGCUUUGCCAACAACGACCGCAUCCUCCCCAUCGUUCUGUGGGCCGACGCCGGAUACGUCAUCAACGGGUACUUCCCCGUUCAGUUCCACAAGGGCGAGCACGGCUUUGACAACCAGGACAUGGACAUGAAGCCCUUCUUCAGGGCGGUGGGCCCGGCGUUUCGCAGGAACCUGGAGGUGGGGCCCUUCGAGACGGUGAACAUCUACCCCUUGAUGUGUCACAUCCUGGGCAUCCGGCCGGAGGUCAACGACGGCCACCUGAACGCCACCGGUCACAUGCUGGUCACCGGCGCUCCGGCUCCGGCUCCGGCUCGGGGUUUCCUGCAGAGCGUCUUCACCGGCUCGGCCGCGGCGGCCGGAUUCCUUCUGGUGGUUUUUCUGGCGGCGACGACGUCCCACAAAAUACUGCAGAACAAACGGUCAGGAAGUUCAGAACCUCUUCCGGGAAAAGAAAAGACAAAACAAACUUCCCUUUGA